GGGUCGACACUCUUUACAAGGUGCCGGCACUUUGAGUGGAGCGUCAACUACAUCCUCCGUGUCGGGUUUUUGGCCUUUUGUGCAAUUUUGCUUAAUGGCAGAAUAACAGUCUUGGUCCCUGACUCCUGGAUUCCGUGCAAGUUGAUCAUCAUAUUUCUGACCUUUGCAAUUUGCUCCUUGAUCAAGAAUGGAGAAAAUCUCACUUGAGCCUUUAAACUUCUGAUUUAUCCUUAGAUCCUCAUCUUUUCAGCUCUUUGCAUUUAAGUCCUUUUUCUUCUAAUUCUCUCCAUUUAGUCAUCAAACCUUCAAUCACCAAAAUUUUGCACAACAUGAAUAGAGUGAACAAUUAUGA